CGGCGAGAGCCCGGCCCCCUGUGGGCGGCUCCUCCUCCAGCCGGCCCGGUGCAGCGCCGCAGCGGAGCCGGUCGCUACCAUGCCUUACCAGGAGCAGGUCCGCUCGCUGGCGGACACCGUGCAGCUCUACCGGAAGGACCCGAGCGGCUGGCGGAGCUGUAGGCGCACGAAUGAAGUUUCAAUUUAUUGGAGACCAUCAACUGAGUUUUCUGGCAACAUAUACAAAGGAGAUGGAAUUGUCUCUGCGAGUCCUGAGGCUGUCUGGGAGUGCUUAAAACCAGAAGCUGGUGGACUUAGAACAAAGUGGGACCAAAAUGUGAAGGACUUUGAGCUGAUUGAAACUAUUAGUGAUACUAUCUCUAUAUGCAGAACUCUUACCCCAUCAGCCUUCAUGAAGAUUAUUUCUCCUAGAGAUUUUGUAGAUGUGGUGCUAAUUAAGCAGUAUGAAGAUGGGACUAUAGCAUCUGCUGCAACCAAUGUGGAACAUGCACUCUGUCCUCCCCAACCAAGAUAUGUGAGAGGGUUUAAUUAUCCCUGUGGUUGUUUCUGUAUACCUGUUCCAGGGGAACCAGACAAGACCCAAGUCCUCACUUUCUUUCAGACGGAUCUUGGUGGCUAUCUUCCCCAGACUGUAGUGGACUCAUUCUUUCCGAGCAGCAUGGCUGGAUUUUACAGCAAUCUGACCAAAGCGGUAAAGACAGUGAAAACUUGAGAGGCAUUUUCUCAAAGGAAAUCCGAGUCUCAUUGCUGGGACUUAGAAGGGAGGGUAAGAAAGGCUAUUAUUGCUGGCAUAACAGAUUAGAUUAAGAUAAAAAUGGAAGAAAUGAUGGGAUCAGAAACCAACCUACAAUGCCUUUCUAACAAUAUAGAUAUGUAGGAAAGUUGAAGUGGGAACAAAGUCGCAAAGUCCAUUUUUAAUAUAGGAUUUACUAUUUUUGAACCUGCCUUUCUGUUUAAAAAUGCACUACCUUGUCAUACUGUAUUUUUGUAACUAUUAAAAUAAGUGACAUUAUUUCAGCAACUAACAGUAUUCUAGAGGAAGUUCUGCUGCCCCCUCCUGGAGCAAAAGCCACACUUCAGGUCUGUUUAUGAUCAUACUUCAUCAGUGUAAACCAGGUUACUCCUGAGGGAAUUCUGCGCCAAAAAAUUAAAAAUUCUAAAAAUUUAUGCACACACUAUUUUAAAAUUCUGCAAGUUUUAUUUGUCAAACAAAUGUGGAGGCUCCAGCAUGACCGUGAGGAGCACAGACCACUGGCUGCACAGCCUCCCUCCCGCAUCUCAGGACACUACCUCGGUGGUAAGGUUGCACUCAACCCUGACACAGCAUCAGGGCUGGGCCUGCCUCAGAAACACCCCAGGGCCCUGAUCCUCUGUGCCAGAUGCACCAGGUGUGGGGCAGGCAGACUCAACCAGGCAGGAUCUAAGUGUGGAGGGGCUUGGUGUGGGGUGAGAAGGUUCUGUAUUGAGCAAUCUGGGUGCAGACUGAUCAGUGAGGGGUCUGGGUGGGUGGAAUCUGGAUGCAGAGGCUCUUGGGGGAGGGGGGGG